CAGGCCAUGACUCAAGAUUAUACUUUUGCAAUAAAUAAUAAUUACUUGCAUUUUGCAGAAGCAGAAUCAUAUUAAAGCAAGAAAGGAGAAAACAAAAGGUAAACAGUUUCAGCCAUAUUGUUGUAUUGUUAUAUAAAAGCUUUAGUGGGUUCACUUAAGUAAAACUUCCAAAGCAUUUGGAGUGAGAUUCAAAACAGUAGCUAAACAGUUCCAAUGUGUUUCCCUGACUUUCAGGGGAAAAGUCUUGUUCUAGAUUUACUAAACUGAAUUACAGCAAGAAGAGGAGGGAGACAGAGAAGGUGUGAAUGAAUGAAUGCCUGUGCCCAGUUUUGGUUUUCCUGGAUUACUUCUGUUACCGUGUUGUGUUGCUAUGUGGGGACACAAGGGAUUGCCCGAAGCCUCAGGUGAUAACCACGUGUCCAGCUGCCCUAACACACACAUACAGCCACUCUUCUGGGCCAUGUAAAAGGAUGGUAGGCUCAUGUCCUUUGUCUGGCAUCUGCAAAAGGAGGAUGGCUUGUUUUUAUUUUGAAUCUGAAAGUGGAAUAAGGGAAUCAAACUUAUCUCUGGCAGAGCAGAAGACAUUUCAAACAGGAAUGAGAAAGAAAACUGCUAGAGAAAAUGGCCAUAGCCAUAGUAAGUGGAAUCUUUCCUCCUCAGCAGCAGGAAAGGAAGAGGCAGUAUAGGGAAGCUCCACCUGAUGCUGAUACCCCCAAAACCCAGAGCAGGUGCACAGGCAGAUAGAGAUAGAGGAAAAACAGGCUGACUGUACAGAGGCAAUUACUCAAAACAUUUGUGUAUGGGAAUGUGGGACCAAUAGCAGCUUGUCCUCAUCGCUUUCCCAGUUUCCUGUAGGCCUGUGAGCUCUUUGUUUUCUCAGGAAUUACUGGUCUAAGCCUCAUAAUUUAUAUUGCAACUAUGUAAUUUUCUUCAGUGGAGAGGGAAAACAUGAAAGGACAGGAUUGUUUUUAGUAAUGUAGUACUAAAUUACUAAACACAGUGGUAAUUUUCUAAUUGCUGUUAUACAACUAUUAGUAAUUUAGUAAUUUAGAGGUGAUGAGGAAAAAAUGUCUGGGACACUGAAGGGAAGUGAUUACAUUUUGGGGGUGUAGAUCCUAAAGUAACAUGAAUUUUGAAGUGUUGAUUUGUACACAGGAUGAUUUUACCUUACUGAAGAUAUUCAUCUUAACUGAAGAACUGAUAUUUUCCAUAGAUAAUAUCAUCCUGGAAAGCUAAAGAUAAUAAUAAAAUAUACUAAAAAUUAGCUACCAAUGAACAUGUCAGGUAUAUUAGUUACAUGUAACCUGCAAUCAUGAGAGGAAUUACAUUUCAGAAUAAAAGCCAAUGCUAUUUUUUGUUUUGGCAUAGCCUUCAGUUUUCAAUAUCCUUCUUUUGUUUAGAAAAAAAAUCUUUCUGGGUUUAUUUAUUCAUCUGAUGUACUUAAUGAUUUUACAAUGGUUACUAAUAGUCUCUGCAAAAUGGAGAGGUUUGUUUCCUGUAUUAUUGUCCUGAUAUAUUCAAAGUGUCAGUCAUAUCUCUUUUUAUUCCUCGUAACAAAAAUUCUUGCUGAAUUCCUAAUCUUAGAGACUUUUAUUUUUUACUUUUUCCUCUUUUUUUUUUUUUUUUAGACUAUUUUCUUUGUCAAGAUGGACAAAUUUGGAGAACAAUAAACUCUUUGUGUCGUUAUAGAUGGCACAUCUGGUAUACUUAAUCUGGCUGAUUUAUUUGCUCAUCUUACAUGCUUCCUGAAAAGCCCCUUUAAUUUUUUUUUGAGCUUGUCCUUGCCACAUUUGGUAUCUUGUAUUUUAAGAAGUAUUUACUGUGGUUGUACACAAAGUUUGAGAAAUGAGCAUUUCAGGAAGAAAUUUUUGGCAGCAAGAUAACAAUGAUUUAUUUUGAAUAUGACCAAAUUAUGUUUGCCUUCUUUUUCAAGGCAAUAAAAAUAAAUUAGGAGCAAACGGGGCAUGAGAAUUCAGAGAUACUUAACCAUGUGCUUUUAUACUAGGAAUAGUUUACUAUGCCUUGCUUGCUAAUUUCAAAGAAUCACCUAUACAGGUAAUGUAUUGUUGAAGCUUCUGUCAAAAACUCAUUCUCUCCUUUAAAAAAAUCAAGGAAUUCUUUGAAAGAAAGAAACUUAAGUCAAAAAUGAAGCUCCUGGAAGUAUCAUCUCCUAAAAGUUCAGCAGUCAGUUUGGAUCUUCUUAAUCUGUAUGUGGUUAACCAGAUAUCAACCAAAAAAGAAAACACUGAGAACACAAGGAAACCAGUCCACAUUGAAAUCACUGAAGAUGACAAAAGACCUAUCAGGAGACAUAACUUAGAGCUUCCUGCAUCACCCCUACGUACACAACACAAGUCACACUUAGAUGAUCUCCAGAGCAGGUUACAAAAGCAAGUUUUGGACAGCAGAAGACAGCAUCUCUCAGAAAAAGCAAAAUACCAGCAUAAUCUGUCACAAGUAACACCAUUAGGCUAUGUUGAUUCUAAUAUGGAAAAUGAAGACAACAUGGCCAGAGAUUUUCAUGCUUGUCCAUUGCCCUCCUCUGGUUUUCAGUUCUCUAACCACACACAGCCUUCAGAAGAAAAUUUCAACACAAACCUAAUGGGCAACAUUUGGGAACAGACCUAUGAAAAGAAGCUGCAGAACCAGCCAGGAAACAGCUUUGAUCAAGACCCUUGGAAUACAAAACCUCCAAGCCAGUUUAUUUUCAGAAAGUCUGAUACAGUGCCUCAGGAACUGUUCAAGCCUUUUGAUAGGCCAGACCACAUGAAUUCUGCCAGGAAAAAUCCAGUGAUAAUAGCCAGUAAUGGAUCAGAAAACUGUGAAGGAAUAAAAGAACCAAUAUUUGCUGUUGUGAAAGAAACUGCAGAACUGAAAAGUCUCCAAGAUGGAAGUGGUAGUUCCUUUCUGGCACUAUUUGAAGAUGAGCAUCAAACAAUCCAUAAUAAUCCCUCCACAAAGCAUUUUAAUCCUUUUUCUAACCAAAGCAAUACUGACAUUUUUUUCACUGUUCCUGAUGUUAGAAAUCAAAUUACCAACAGAAAUUAUUCUUGUAACACUAGAAGGGUUUAUCCUACAAUGAAAGCAGAAGACAAUUUUAUAGAGAGACACCUUGAAGGCAUUUUCACAGCUCCAGAACAGGUUUUGCUUAAAAGUAACAAUGUGUCAAGCACAAGCUACAAGGAAACUGGUGGACUUCCUAAAACCCACCUGCAGAACUGCCAUGAGGGACAGCGCUACUUUAUACCCUGUGAAAAGAGGGGAAAAAGAGCAAACCUUGAAAAAAUUGAGACAUUUGCUUAUCGCCAUGAUCAGCAGAAUAGCUUAAAGGAGAAUGCACAGAAAUAUUCAAGAAAAAAAAGUGAUGAAAAGUCUGUGAAAGAAACAGCCUGGAAUCAGAACCAUCUCUUUGUAUUUGAAGAGUUCACAACAGCACAAGAGAAAGGGUAUAAGUUUGGACUGAGUUCGUAUCUUCAUGAGACGGAGAUGGAGGUGGAGUCACCACUCAGCAGCCAGUCUCACAGUUACUCUCCAAGGCAGACUGAGAGUUAUUUGAGCUCUAGUCCUGACACAUCUGAAGAAGAAGACACAGCCAAAAAGAAAGAACAUCUGAACAAACAGUCCUUGAAGGCAUCAGGUGCCAACCUGUUCUCAGCCUCAGCCAGCAGAGAGGCCCCCAGGGGCUCUCACACCCGAAGUGUGGGUAUGCAGACCAGCAGUACAUUGGCUAGAGAAGAAGCAAACAAUCUUCAGGAGAAGGACUCUAUUCUUUGUGCCAGAGAGCAGGAAAAUAACCCCAAUAACCACCCCACAGCGCUGUCUCAGGGCCCGUCACACCGCCCCCGCACGAGGGAGCAUGUCGCUCGCAGCACCAGGCGCGAUGCUUGGUCGCAGACCGAGAGCUCUGUGACAGAAGCAGAGAAGGUGGAUGUGGGCACCCAGUGUGGCACCCUGCGGGUGUGCAGCUGCGGGGGAUCCCUGCCCGCCGGCCGCAGCCCGGGCGGGCUCCCUGCUCCCAGCCCUGCCGGUAGCGCAGGAGAGCGCGAAGGGGCGGGGCGGGAGGUGCCGCCGGCUGCGGGCGCUGCGGGCAGCGCGGCCGGCACUGACGCCCUCUCCUCUGAGGCUGAGUACCUGAGCUUGGCCGGCAGGAGGGCCCUGGAGGUGCUGGACUACAUCGAUAAAAUGAAGGAGAGAGACAAGCAGUGACCAGCCAUAGCAUGUCAGGAACACAAUAGUUUUGUUCUUUUCCCAGUGUAUUUCAUUCAGUUGGCAUAUUCUGAUUUUUCUAGCAUGGUUAGGCAAAAGAUAUUUUUACUGUUUGUUUGCUUUAACUAUCACUAAUUAUGGAUUUCUGUCUACCUACUGCUAUCUCAAAGUAUGGGUUUCUAUAGAUAUCCAACUAUUAACAAAGCAUUUUACAAUAGCCUAGUAAAUGCAAACAUUAGGAAUUAUAUUGGUUUCCUCACCAUAUAGCCAUAGCAUUCUGUAGUUUGGAAUUGAUUGACUAUGUUUCUUUUAAGGUGAUGGGAAGA